AAGCCACCAUCACCAGAAUGAGAAUCCUGCAUUGGAAUUGUCAAGGGCUGAGGAACCCCUUGACAAUCCCUUACCUUAAGGAUAUCAAUCGUAAGUUUAAGAUUGAUAUCAUGUUCCUCGUAGAAACUAAGAAUAAGGAUAAUUAUGUACAAAAUCUAGGUGUUGAUCUCCAUUUUGACCAUCAAAUUUUGGUAUCCCCUGAUGGUUUAAGUGGCGGCUUAGCUAUCUUUUGGAGGAAUAUUGUAGCUUGUGAACUGCUUUCUGAUCCUACUCUUAACUACACUGAUAUGUAUAUUAUUGAAGGGCCAACUACUUUUUGUCUUACCUAUGUAUAUGGUAAUCCAGAGAGAAAGCCAAGGCAAUAUAUGUGGCAGAUGAUGGAGAAUUUAGUCAAAGGAGGACUAUAUCAGAGAAAACCAAGACUGGUCCUUGGUGAUUUUAAUGAAAUCAAAAAUAAUCAGGAAAAGCUUGGAGGACCACCUAGGCAUGAAUGGCUGUUCCUUAAUUUUCGAAGGAUGUUAAAUGUGUCUGGUCUUCAUGAAGUUAAAACUUUUGGUGGGGUUUAUACCUGGAUUGGCAAUCGCAGUGCUGGUACCAUUCAAUCUAAGCUAGAUCGAGUAGUAGCUACUGCAGAAUGGAAGGAUAAGUACCCUAAAGCCAUGGUUCAGCUGUUGGACUGGAUUGGUUCAGAUCAUAAGCCGUUAAUACUCCAUACUGAAGAUAAUAAAUGGAAGGGCAAGAAAUUGUUCAGAUAUGAUAACAGGUGGAGGACUAAUAGAGAUGUUCAUGCAGUCCUGCAGAAUACAUGGGAACAGAAAUGCAAUAUGCUGCCUCCACAUCAAUUCCAUGAAGCUCUCAAGCGAUGCAGACAUAGCCUCUCUACUUGGAAAUCAGAACAAAAUUUCAACUCUCACAAGAAGAUCCAGCAACUCCACAUGGAUAUACAGCAAGUUGCAAAUUUGGAUAUGGUGCUCCAACACAUUCAGCCCAAAGUAAAUGUAGCCAUGAAUCAGAAGCUUACUGAGCCAGUUCAGGAGGAAGAAAUCCUUCAAGCCCUCUCUCAGAUGCAUGUUGAUAAAACUCCUGGUCCUGAUGGCUUCAUGGCAGGAUUCUACAAAUAUCAUUGGCCAACUCUCAAAACAGAACAAUGGUGUACUUGGGUGAUGAAGUGUGUUACCUCAGUGACAUAUUCUGUUCUCCUUAAUGGAUCACCAACCAAGAAGAUUAUUCCAUCCCGGGGGCUACGCCAAGAGGAAUGCCAACAGAUUCUUGCAGUGCUUGAUGCAUAUGCCCAUGUUUCAGGUCAAUAUGUUAAUUUUCAAAAGUCAGCUAUUCUCUUUGGCAAAAAUGUCCCUGCUGACGUUCAACAGAGUAUUAUUAAUAUGCUGGGUAUUACAAAAACAGGAGGCUUUGGUAAAUACUUGGGAUUACCUGAAACUGUUGGGCAAAAUAAAAGUGAUGCAUUUGGCUUUAUCUCUCAAAGGGUGCAGCAAAAACUUCAAAGACAAAUCAGAAGGUUUUGGUGGUCUACUCUGAAAGAUAAACAGAAGAUACCCUGGGUUGCAUGGAGGAAAAUGACCACUUUAAAACAGUAUAGAGGGAUGGGCUUCAGAGAUCUCAAUCUUUUUAAUAUUGCUUUAUUAGCUAAACAGGGAUGGAGGAUUUUAAAAGAACCACAACUGCUGCUUUCCCAAGUUCUCAGAGCUAAAUACUUCUCUAAAUCCUCUUUGAUGGAGGCAAAACCUGGAUAUCGUCCAAGUCAUGCAUGGAGAAGCAUCUUACAAGGUAUGCAGCUUAUUAAACAAGGUUUACGAUGGAGUGUUGCUGAUGGUAAUACGAUCAAAGCUUGGCAUGAUCCAUGGCUAAGUAACCCUCCCAGACCAGCCCGUUGUAUUGGAUCUCCUUUAAAUGAUUCUUUACCAGUUUCAGGCCUUAUGAAGCCCACUUUAAAUGAUUGGGAUGAUACGAAGCUUCAAGAAUAAGUUCAUCCAGAAGAUAUUCCCCUUAUCAAGAAGAUGCGUUUAAGACUUGUCAAGGCUCCUGAUGUACCGACUUGGAUCUUCACAAAAGAUGGGCAAUAUACGGUCAAAUCUGGUUACCAUCAACUAUUUAAGCCAAAUGCAGAGUCGUCCCCAGACAAUUCCCACAUCAAUGCUUUAUGGAAACAUAUUUGGGCCUUCAAUAUUCCCCCAAAAAUAAAGCAUUUCUGGUGGAGAGUGCUUCAAAAUGCUCUUCAUUAGCUGACAAUCUAGCCAGAAGAAGGAUCAGGACCUUAUCAGAUUGUAUCUUCUGUGGUGAAGCCAAUGAAUCUAUCAUCCAUCUUCUUUUCCACUGCCGUCUUGCAAAGGAAGUCAGGGAACUAUCACCACUUCAAAUGGAGACAGGUCAGUUAGCUGGACAAAAUUCACUUCAUGAUAUUCUGCUUUCUCUCUUAGCCACCCAGAAUCUCUCCAAAGAUCAUCUUUUUCCAUUUAUUGGUUGGAGACUUUGGAAAGCUAGAAAUGACCUGCUCUUUAAUAACAAAAGAUGGGCCAUCCCAGAAAUUAUUCAGCAUGCCUUGAUGGAUUACCAAUUAUGGAAAGACUCUCAAGACGUUCCUAAUACUUAUCUGCAACGCUACAAUGCUCCUAAGCAAGUUCCAGAAACUACUCUAGCAUAAGUAAUGCAUCACACUUCAUCUUUUGUAUGUUGUGCAGAUGCUUCUUGGACUGAUCCUAAUUCAAGGGCAGGUAUUGGCUGGAUUCUCCUUACCCCGCAAGGCAAAACAGUUCUUAAGGGUUUCUCUUCUAUAGACCCUGUUAAUUCUGCUUUGGAGGCGGAGGCCAUCGCGCUUAAAGAAUCUCUUUUCCAUCUAAAACGUCUAAGUUACAAAGAUGUUAUCUUUUGUGGUGAUUCGCUAACCCUGUACAUCUUCAUGGAAAAAGAAAAUCAACAGCUUAAUCACUUGUCCGGAUGCCUGGAAAUCCAGUCGCACUUGGAUGAUAUCAAGGCGCUUUCUCUCAGCUCUUAUGCAUUUAGGUUUAUUCGUAGAAGUGAUAACAAUGUAGCUGACUUUCUAGCUAAACAUGCUAGAUGUCACAAUUCCCCUUUUACUAUUUCGUGGAAUGUUUAAACUGGUAUUGUAAUGCUUGUACUCGUUAUCUUAAUAGAAAGUUGGCCGACGAAAAAAAAAGUUAAGUUUUUAUAUGGUAUAUAAAAUUACCCAGUUUUUUUUA